UCGUUGUCAUGGCGACACUUCCGUCAACUGAACAAGCUUAGUAGGAUUCGUUGUUAUUUCAGAGAAAGAGAAAGUGUAUGCUGUUCACGGACUAGCUACAACACCACAAUGACCGAACAGGCAACCACUGUAGACAACACCGUCGGGAAAUGUAUGCUGCACAACUGGGUAGAAGAGAGGGCAGUUGCUGCUCUCAACAAUCAGGAGACGAGGACACAAAUCCAGAAACAUGGACACAUAGGGAUUCUCACAAUGGACCAGGAGUCUAAAAUGGAGACUGUUAGCACACUGAAAGCAACGUACAUCCCUCCUAAAAGUCCAGGGGUGAGGCUGCGGGGCAUCAGAGGAGAGCUUUUGGAAAAACAUAUCGCCCAGAUGAUAAGAGAGAAGGUUCACGCUGAGCUGAAACCACCAAGUCCCAAAACCGACUUCUGCUCCACAACCCAGAAAGAUUUCUGUGUGGAGGGAUUUGUGCAUCUUACCCCUCAAACAACACAAGUACACGAUUAUAAAAAUGACCAGGCGGUCACAUUUUGGAGUGAAAAUUGCCAGCAAAUACAGGGUGUGACUGCCAUAAAGACCCUGAAAGCACCUUUCAGGAAGUCGGCCCAGUUCAGCACUCCCAUCAGUGAGCGGCUGGAUGAAAUCGAGCUUCCACCUGAUAACUGAGACUGUAUGCCAGAGUAUCACAUUACAUUACUUCAUUACCAGUUAAUAUUAAAGUGCUAACCCACUUUAAGGCUAAUUGAUAUUCUCAAGACAGUGACACCUUUUUCUAUUGAGGAGAACAGUGAAGUCAAUGGAAGUAUCUACUCUACAUAUCAGAUGAUUGAUAAAACAUCUGAUGAAUAUAGUUACAGUAUUUCUGCCUGAAAAAACACAUCUAUCGUACCUGCUCAUCUGAUGUCCUGUUGAAGUAACACAGACACCAGUAGCUGACACCUUGGGCCCUCUCUUGCACCCGACGCAGUGCAGCAGUUGUCAAUUUCCCGUCCAGCACCCACGUUGAUUAAAUAACAAAUGCACCUGCUCCCAUCUUUGUGCCCAUGGGCAUGCUGGUCUUAAAGGGAGGUGUGUUCAGGUGCAUUCUUGGCGUAUUGCUAUCACGAGGCAGCAAAAAGUGAUCCAACAUUGACCAACAAAAUCCUGGUCUGAAGUCAGUAACGCAGCAUUUCAUUGUUAUUUUAACAGCACAAUUAGUAAAAUGUGCCUAGGCUUAUGCACAGCACACUAUGCUUGAUGCUUGACACACACACACACACACUUCAAAAAUUGUAUUAUGAUAUGAUCUGCUCACGCGCUUUCACUUUACACACAAGGAGAUAAGUUUCUUCUCCUGAAUUUCUCUUCUUCCUGCUUACCAAAUCCGCCAUCAUAAUAGCAACGUUCCAGGGUACAAAUGUGCCUGGCUUUUAAAGGGAAUGCGAUAUGACACUCUGAUUGGUUUAUUGCAUGUUACGCCCAAAACACACCUAUGAAUUAAUGAAGACACUAAGUACAACCUUUUUGAACCAUGCGCUUGGAGCACGGACCCUUUUUCGCCAUCACCCUGCGCUUCACGCUUAGCUACAUUGCAGUUACAAUUGCUCUACCUUUUGCCGUCCUUGGACAUACUCAGCUCUUAUUUGUUGUCCACAUGUUAUGCUGUUAAAGUUUUACUCUGUAGUGUUGGCACAUUUAAUUAAACAAACUUACAAUUUUCAAAACUACAAUCCCACAAGAACAAUCCUCCCACCAUUUGAUACAUUGACACAACACCACUCUAUGUGACCUGCAAAAGGUGAUUACUCAAUCAAAACAAUUAACUUGUUUCAAAUGUAAAUAAAUCCAUCAAUGAAUACAUUAAUGCCACCAAAACAAAAUGUUCCUGUAUCAUUGCUUAGACCAAGACAGUCAAAAGACAAAGACAUCUUGCCAAAUGACAGUGUACUCUAAAAGGGUGAUAGUGACCCUCUGUAAUAGUGUCCAGUUGCUAACAUUGUAUAUUUAGGCAGCUGAAUAGUAUUUAUGUCAUAUACUUUCUUAUUGUAUGUGUGCAACCACAAAUGCACAAAAGAAGCUUGUACGGAGAAAAGAAAGAUAUACACCAACAAAAUGAUCAGGAACUGUUGUACAAGA